CUAACCAAGCUAUAAAGCAAUCCAACCCUAACCCUAAAUUUGUCAACGAAAUAGCUGUCGGCAAAAUCGCUGUCGAGGAAACGGGUUAUCGAAGAAGUGGGCUGUCAGUGAAAUGGGCUGUCGGCGAAAUGGCUGUCGGCGAAAUUGGUGUCUGCGAAAUAG